UUCCGGUGAGGACCAAACGACCAAAUGGUACACUAAAUACAAUACCUAUACGGGUCGGAUCUUGGUCGUAGAAUGGGCUAUGCGUCGAUCUUCAUGAAUCAUGCAUCCCUUUUGUCACGGUCCACCGGAAACAUGCCCUACUUCAAUCGCCGGUGAAGAAUACUUACAUAACUGAAUUUCCUGUGAAUUGUUGGUGUUUCAAUGGCAUCUGCUCCCAUACCCUCAGGUGCCCUGGUUCUUCUACAAGAACUCAACUCAUCUUCUUCACAUUUCAAGCAAGGAGCAUCCCUUAGGGUUAAUGGAAAGUUACAAGAACAUAAUGUUGAGUCAGCCAUUGCCAUUAUUGCUGAUGGAGGUGUUACCUUAGCAGUUGACACUCAACACUUAAGACUCAAUCUUCGUGUGGGUUCCCUUUAUCAGUUCAUUGGAGAACUUUCCAUUCAACCAAAUAAUGAGGGGAUAUUAAAAGCAAGAGUUGGUAGAAAUGUAGAUGGAAUGGACCUUAAUCUGUAUCAACAAUCUCUGAAGCUGUUAAGACAAUUUCAAUCUGAUCAGAUCAGUCAUUUGGCACUUAACCAUGGUUAAGAUAACACCUUAAUUUGAUUAUCAACUUAAAGUAUAAAAAUUUAACGUUGAUACUAAAAAAAUGUUUUCUAAAUUUAAAAAAAAUAGUUAUAAUUUGUUGGUAAUUAUCAAUGUUUUGUUGCAAAUGUUCUGUUAGAAAAUCAGUUAAACCAUGCCUUGUUAGUUGUUAUCAUGUUUCA